AUGUCCAUCCACGUCGAUGAAACGCUCGUGCAGCCACUGAAAUAUGUCGGAUUCGACACCAUCACUUCGCAGAUUGAAAACAGAUUGUUGAAGCGCGGCUUCCAAUUUAACAUCAUGGUGGUGGGAAGAUCAGGACUCGGUAAGACCACAUUGGUCAAUACAUUAUUUUCGUCCAAGUUGGCGGCUACACUGGGUCGCCGCAGUGUGGAUGAGCCCGUUGAGAAGACUACAGAGAUCAAAGUUCACUCGCACAUGUUGGCUGAGAACAACGUUCGUUUGACCGUCAAUGUUAUUGAUACUCCAGGUUUUGGUGACCAAAUCAACAACGAGAAGUGCUGGGAACCCUUGGUCAAGUAUGUGAAAGAGCAGCACUCCCAGUAUUUGCGUAAAGAGUUGACCGCUCAAAGAGAGAGACACAUCCCCGACACAAGAGUGCACUGUAUUUUGUACUUCAUUCCUCCUCAUGGAAACAAGUUGAAGCCUUUGGACUCCCAGGCGUUGAAGAAGUUGUCUGAGAUCGCCAACGUGGUUCCUGUGAUCGCCAAGAGUGACUCGUUGACGCUUAAUGAGCGUGCUUCGUUGAAGCGUGUGUUACAGAACGAGUUCAUCAAGCUCAACUUGAAUAUCUACCCAUACGACAGCGACGACUUAUUUGAUGAUGAGAAGCAGUUGAACGAGGAUAUCAAGCUGUUGAUUCCAUUCGCUGUGGCCGGAUCCGAGCGCGAGUUCGAAAUUAAUGGUGAGUUGGUUAGAGGCAGAAAGUCCAAGUGGGGCGCCAUUAACAUCGAGGAUGUGUCGCAGUGUGAGUUUGUGUUCUUGAGAGACUUUUUGACCAGAACUCACUUGCAGGAUUUGAUUGAGACCACGUCGUUGGUGCACUACGAGACCUUCAGAGCCAAGCAGUUGAUUGCAUUGAAGGAGAAUGCCACCAAUGCCAAUAGACAGUCUGUGGCUGCGCUGAAGACGAGUACCACCACUCCACUGAACGGAGCGGCAGCUCCAACUUACCAGGCCCCACAAUCGAUGGUUUCUGCUGUUUCUCAAUCGUCAGCUCUCGAUACUUCUACCAUUGAUACUCACCACAGAGACCUGCCUGUGGAUAACGUCUACUAA